AUGUCGGAACACAACACCGUCCACGUCUCGGGCAUCUCGUCCGGUACCACUGAUAAGGAGGUCAAGGACUUCUUCAGCUUCUGUGGCAAGAUUACCUCCAUCUCGGUUACUCCCGUUUCUGGCGAGCAAGAUGCUUCCAAGUCAGCAACGGUGACGUUUGAGAAAGAAGCAGCCGCAAAGACAGCCUUGCUGCUGGACCAGACUCAAUUGGGCCCCUCGACGGUGCACGUCACUGCAGCCCACACCCUUGACGAUAUUGCCGGAGACCACGCCGCCUCCGCAGGCGCGGCCAAGGACGAGAACGACCAGGAUCUCGAGCAAGAGGAUAAGCCCAAGUCCCGGAUCAUCGCGGAGUACCUCGCCCAGGGCUACGUGGUCAGCGACAAUGCCAUCCAGAAGGCGAUUACCCUAGACAAGAAGCACGGGUUCUCCUCUCGCUUCACCAGUGCCUUGAGCAACUUUGACCAGAAGUACCAUGCUACCGAUCGCGCCAAGGGAAUCGAUGAGAGUUACAAGAUCACCGACAAGGCCGCCAGCGGCUGGCGUGGACUCCACUCGUACUUUGAAAAGGCUCUUGAUACCCCCUCCGGUCGCAAGAUUCGUGACUUCUACGCGCAAACCGACAAGCAGGUGCGCGAUAUCCACACCGAGGCUCGCAGACUGGCAGACAUGAAGGGUGGCAAGCAAACAUCCGACGAUGUGCCUGCUGCCGCUGGUGCUGAGGCAGCCGACGUUGCUCCAAGCACUGCGCCAACGUCGCAACCGGCGGGUGCUGCGCCCCCUGCUGAGCCUAAGGCAUGA